UGGCAGCUCCCCCUUCCAUUGGUAUUAACAUCUGCAUCUCCCACUUUUAUCAUCAUUUCAGCAAGGGAGAAUAGGAACCACCACUUUUACAGUAAGCUCUCUCAGUCUCAGAUGGUGAGUUCUGGAUCCCUCCUCGCCACCACCAUCUCGCCUCUGUUCUGGGCACCUCCACCCAGGCUUCAAACCAUUCAUUCACGUCCAGCCGCAUUUCCAAUUCAAUGUUCAUCUUCUAGUUCAGACCUCCACUUGACUGCAGAGAAACUUGAGAAUGACGCACUGGUGACUGGUGGGGCUUUUGAUUUUGAGAAAGCAACAAUUUCUCUUACUCAAAAGUGGAUGUCUUCACCGAAGAAGGUGACUCUUGUAAGGCAUGGGCUUAGCUCUUGGAAUAAAGAAAGUAGAGUUCAGGGAAGUUCGGACCUCUCGAUUUUAACAGAAACUGGAGUUCAGCAAGCAGAGAGGUGCAGGAAGGCCUUAGUAAAUAUAAACUUUGACCAAUGUUUCUCUAGUCCUAUAUGUCGUGCUAAGUCCACUGCUGAAGUUGUAUGGCAAGGGAGGGAAGAGCCUCUGGUAUUUCUUGACUCAUUGAAGGAGGCCCAUCUGUUUUUUCUUGAAGGCAUGAGAAAUGUAAUACAUGCACUGAACCAACUCACUCAGUAUUUGGAGGCAGUGGAUGCUAGGAAAAGGUAUCCGAAGGAAUUUAUGACGUGGAGAGAAGAUCCAUCUAAUUUUUGUGUGAAUGGUGUUUACCCUAUUCAAGAGCUAUGGGGGAGAGCGAAUGAGGCUUGGAAGGAAAUCUUGUUUACACCGGGAGAGAAUUUUUUGGUUGUAACUCAUAAAUCAAUGUUGAGGGCACUGAUCUGCACGGCUCUUGGGCUCGGUCCGGAGAGAUUCCGAGCUAUAGACAUCAAUAAUGGUGGAAUAACUGUGUUUAACUUCAACAAGCGAGGAGAGGUGAUGCUGCAGUCUUUGAAUAUGACAGCCCACAUGUACAGUGAUUACGUGUACCUUUACUGAAACAUCUUGAAAAUCAGCGCAUUAGCUGAUGAAGAAGCCAGCUUUGCCAUGGAAGCCACAAAUGCUUGAAGUGAAAACGGAAGAGAUGAUUAGUGGCAUGAAGAGGUCAUUAGCUCGACCAGGUUUGUCUCAUCCUGUGUCUGGAACUAGGAUUUGUCGAAGAAAAAGAAAAAGGAAAAUAAACCAUCGAAGUGCAUGUUCAUAAAUUGUCAUUAUUUCUUUUACCUUUCUGUUCUAAAAUAGUCGGUCUAAAUAUAGCCUUAGCAGAGUUCAAAUUGUGGAGAGCAUGGAUGUUUCAGAGAAAGGAAGAAAAAGAAAGAUCUAACACUUUGUAAACAUGAAUCUUAACGACUAUGGUUGACUUGUUACAA